AAUUGAAUUUAUGAUGUGGUUUGUCCAGACAGGUAAACAUGUAUUCUCGUUGUUACACACAUCACUACACUACUGCACAUCGGCUUCACCUACAGUAGGUUUGACAUGUUAAUUUUACACAAAUAACACCAAAGGUCAUAUUGCCAUUGGAUUUUACCUUAUAAAUUUUACCCAAUAUGUUACAGACAAUAAUCAAACGACAACCCUAGUAUUUGCUUAACUGACUAAAACAUGGAGUUGAAGAGGAAAUAUGCCAUUAGUGCUGUGUCAUUAGUUAUAAUUAUUGCAUGGAUUUUAAUUCCAAACAAUGUUCUUCAAACAGUUAGUGAUAAAACAACAGUUGUUUUGAACGUUUUUGGAAACCGUAAGACUGCUACUACCAAGAGUAAGCCGAAAUUACCACUAAAUAUAUCCCCUACUGACCCUUUGGAAGUAAUCCGUAAAGACUGUGGUCAGUUGUGUGAUACGUCAAGAAAAGGAUCACCAGGACCAUAUUUUGAUCAUGUCAAUGCAGAUAUUAACUGUCAAGCGAUAUUCAGAAACGAGUAUGUUGACCGUGGUCAUGAACUACCACAUGCACCAAAGUCGAUUCCUAAACAUCUAAUGAUUGAGUAUACUAUGAACAAUCGUAUUCCAGUGAAGUAUUGGUAUUUUGAUAAUCAGUAUUUAGGUAAAACAGCAAGAUCACCUGUUUGGACAGAGAAAGGUAUUCAAGACUGGAUGAUUAGUGCAAAGCAAGGUAAAUUAAGCGGGAAUUAUGGUAUUGGAGAAACAAAUGCUCUUAGGGAUGCAUUGAAACAUGCACCAGGUAUUGUUGAUGGCAGAGUUAUGGUGAUAGGUUCCGAAACUCCAUGGGUUGAGGCAUGCGUAUUAGAAGCAGGUGCGCGUGAAGUUUUCACAUUAGAGUAUGGCAGUAUCAAAUCAGAACAUCCAAAAGUGAAAACUAUUGUUCCGUUAGAUUUUCGUAUGCGUUAUCUAAACAAUACUUUGGGAACAUUUGAUGCCAUUGUUACUUUCAGUUCUAUAGAACACUCGGGAUUAGGGAGAUAUGGGGACGCUUUGAAUCCCUGGGGUGAUAUCAUUGCAAUAGCACGAUCCUGGUGUGUAACAAAACCUGGAGGUUCACUGACUAUAGGUGUGCAGUAUGAUUAUGAUCAUGAAUACCUUAGAUUUAACGCUGACCGAUGGUAUGGCAAAAUAAGAUAUCCAUAUUUAACAACAAAUUGGAAACAACACUACAGAGGCAAAGGUUCGCAGCGUGUUCAUGUUUUUACGAAAUAAAAAAAAAUGUAUUUAAGUUAUUCAUUUUAUUUAUUUGUCUAUAGAUAAUAAUAGAGUAAGUAAAUUUUGAUAAGAUCCACGUAAACUAAUAAGCUUUCUCUAAUAAUGUUAUCAAUGUUACACUGUCGUAACUUAAGAUCUUUGAAUAUACUUCUAAUCGACACUAUCAUUGAUUGUGUUUUAUAUACACUGAAACUUAUUUAAAUGUAUACUGUAUUAAAAAGUUCUAACCACUUUAUAUGGUCAUACAUUAUAGUGUUUAUUGCGUCUUCACACUAAAUUUGUUGGAUGUGUACUGAUUGAUAUUGUUUUUUAAUUAAAAGUUGUGACA